CAUUGUGGAUUUCAAAAUCACAUCCACACAUAGACUCUGGAACCAAACAAAUGGUGUAUUUACUCUACCUGUUGGUGCUGUUACACAAAGCCUCUUCCCCAGUUCAAAGUCAUUUUCUUCACAUUCACAGAGGCGACAGUGCUUUCAGUCAUGAUGAGGAGCUCUGUGUUGUUCUUCCUGGUUGUCAGCUUUGCCAUGUUUGGAUUUGGCCUCUCGCUGCAGUGUUACUCCUGUCCUGAUGGCCCCUCCCACAGCUGCGAGGUCAAACAGGAGUGUAACCAGGGUGACGACAGCUGCCUCAAACUCACCAGUGGAGGAAAUACCUACACUCAAUGCAUACGGUACGCAGACUGUGACUUUAUGAAUCUGGCUGUCAGAUAUUCCCUCCCUGACUUCGAGUUCAACUGCUGUAACACACAACUCUGCAAUGGCCAAGAAAAAAGUGCCUUUCAGAAAUUUAAGGAUUUCUUUGGUUGACAAAUAUAAUCUAAAAUCUCAAAAAAAUUUCAAACAAAAAAUGGUGGUGCCACUGAAAGUGGAUAAACAAUAAAGUCUUGAAUAAAA